AUGAAAAAUGCCCUGUGCCUGUUCUACCUGUGGAACUUUCCCCUGGACGGAGGCGACCGGAGACAAACGUUGUACCGCACAAAGGUAAGGAAAGUUAGCAGGGGGCACGAAAACAAACUUCAUCAUGCCGGGGACAACUACAGCUACCUGGACGAAGGAAGAAAUUCAGAAUAUGAAGAGAUUCUCAACGAGAUCAUUUAUGAGUACGAGGAGGAGGAAAGGAAAAAAAAGGAAAACGUAGCAAAUGGAAAGGUAGCUACUCAAUUACGCGGCGAAUUAAGCCCAGGGGAGAGACAACCAGGUGACCACGAGCAGGGAAGCGACCAUCAGUUAAGCCCUAGUACACACAAAAAAAGGGAAGACACAUGGAGAAUCCCCUCCGAGGGAGAAAACCCGCAAAAAAGGAACGCACACGAAUCGAACCCCCAGGAUGAAAUUAAGCGAAUAGAAAAAUUAAAAAAAAAUAAUUUCCUAAGCUUGUGCAACAUCAAUUAUGAUGUGCUCAGCCUACUGUUGAAGAAGGAAUUAAAAGGGGAGGAACAAGAUGAAGACGAGCACUACAACAAAGUUAGCUUACUCCUGGAGAUUGAGCAGGAAAAACACGAGAACGAGGCAGACGACGGGUACGUUCAGGAUGGCCACACUGACCGUCGGACUGACGACCUCUACAUUGACGACAGUCUGGGCAGGUACCUAAUCAAGCUGGACACGAACUUCAUCAAUUCCAUUUCAGAAAAGGAAUUUCACGUCCUGCGCAACACGAUGUACAAGCAUAUUAUAUACUUAAAAUAUCGGUACCUGCGAAACUACAAGACGGCAAUUCAAGCCCUAAAGCAGAAAAAGGAAACGCGCACAGAGCACAUUAACAAGCACGUUUCGGUGGUCUACGAGGAGGGAGAGGAUGAAGACCAGGCUAGCGCCGACCCCAACGAUGACGCGAGUGACGAUACGAACGGUGAAUCAAUCUGUGAAAGUGCAAAGAUAAGCCCCACCGUGCAGCCGAAUAACCCACGUAAAGACAACACUACCCGUGUUAGCUUCCUGCAGCCGAGCAGCGACGACCCGGAAAACCUCGAACAGAUAGACGCGGAAUUGUCCGUGGAGAACAUCAAAGAAAUAAUUGACGAUAAUCAAAGACUCUCCAAACUGCAAACAAAUUUUAACGACUUGAAAAAUUUUAAUAUCUUUAACCUCCUCGACAGGAAUACUUUCCUCAACAGUUUACGAGUUAACAAUUUCAGUUUUUACAACUACGACUGUCCCUUGCUGUUUAAAACGAUGAGGUCGUUUGUGCGACGAAUUCGGCAGGGGUGCUUGGGCAUGCCUGUCCCCGAAGAGCACACCAACGUGAGCCGCAAAGAGCGCAACGACAGCCCUGGGGAUGUUAACCGCGAAUACGCGCAAACCUUCGCCGACGACGGCUGCGCCUAUGUGUGUGUCCCUAAGCUGAGCGACCGAGGCUUCCUCAAGUACCAAGACAAGUCCAUCGUUAUUAACGUGUCCACCAAGGGGGACCAGGAAAAGGAGCACCUGUCCCCCGUCAAGGAGCUAAACAUCGACACAGACAAAGGCAUCCUCAUCCUGAGCGCGAACGACAAGCACCUCAACGUUCAUGUGAGAAAUAUUUGUGAUAAAAUUUCGUACCUAACACAGAGCCUUUCCAUAUGGCCGCAACUCAACUAUGACAGUGAAGAACUGUCCUCAAGAAGUGUCCAUAUUAUAAAAAGGAUACUCAUGUUGAUGAUGUUCUACUUUGACAUAAAGAACCUGUUCGUGAUAUGCUUGGAUAACACAAGUGCAAAGUUCUUUUAUAAUUUUCUCAACAGAGAGGAGGACAAUUUAUUUAAAAAUCUGCACACACAAAAACACAAUCAACAGGAAGAAUACCUAUAUGUCAACUUAAAGGAUGUAAAUUUUUCACACAUAUUUAACAGAAAUUUUGUGCCCUUAUACGAUAUGAAGAAAUUUUUUAAAAAUUAUGUGUUUCUUAUGAAAAAGGAAGAAAAGUUUUACGACAUUUCCUCUUUUAAAAGGUCAUGUCUCUUCAUAUUCUUGGAUGAACAUACAGAUAAACACAAUCACGUAAUUUCCUCAAAUGUACAGCAUUUUUUUUACUACAAAAAGUUUUAUUACCCAUUUAUUUACAGUGUUGACAAUAAGUAUACCAUAAACACGUUGCGCAGUUUUAACGAAAUACUGCUCUACCUUACCAGCUGGAUAGACAUUUUCCACACGGGGGAAAAUGAAACCAGUGGUGUUGGGGAGGAUGAUCAAGAUGGGCAGGGAGACGAUGAGGAUGGGGCACCAAAUCCGGAUGUAGAAGAGAUGGAUAGGGAUGUAGAAAAGGAUGAAGAAGAGGAGGAAUUUAUUCAAAAUGUGCAAAAUGAACAACAGCAGGAUGAAGAAAAUGGAGAUGAGGAUACUUACCAAAAGGAUGAAAGAGAGUGCGACGGGGCGUACGGGUCAGAGUCAGAUGGGUAUGACAAUGAAAGGCCCGAUCAAAGUGUGGGAGAAUAG